GUUGUACGGCUCAGUCCAAUCAACACAAACUUUCCAAACAGAGAUUUGUAAGAUGGCGACUGCCGAACCGGAAACCAACCCCAGUCCUUCCCAGCCUGAUGAAGAUGGAGCUGAGGAGACUGGACAGGAGAUUGUGAGCCCAGAGGCCUACAUCAAGCACCCCCUCCAGAACAAAUGGUCUCUCUGGUUCUUCAAGAAUGACAAGAGCAAAACAUGGCAGGCCAACCUGCGACUCAUCUCUAAAUUUGACACAGUGGAAGAUUUCUGGGCUCUCUACAACCAUAUCCAAUUGUCAAGCAACCUCAUGUCAGGUUGUGAUUAUUCCCUUUUCAAGGAUGGCAUUGAACCCAUGUGGGAGGAUGAGAGGAACAAGCGUGGAGGGCGCUGGCUGAUCACACUCACCAAGCAGCAGAGGAGAUUAGACUUGGACCGCUACUGGCUGGAAACUCUCCUAUGCCUAGUCGGAGAGGCCUUCGACGACUACAGCGACGACGUCUGCGGAGCCGUGGUUAAUAUCCGCACAAAGGGAGAUAAAAUAGCCGUGUGGACAUCAGACUACGAGAACCGGGAAGCUGUAACACACAUAGGGAGAGUUUACAAGGAGCGUUUGGGGCUUCCCAUGAAGAUGACUAUUGGCUACCAAUCCCACGCAGACACAGCUACCAAAAGCGGCUCAACCACCAAGAACAAAUUUGUUGUUUGAGAAAUACCCGACGUGCCUCUUUCAUUAUUCUUGUCUUAUUUGUUGUUGGUGCAUAUGUUUACUAAUUGCUGCAAAGACUGUGCGGAAUGCAAUCUGGAAGAAAAAGGAAAAAACUCCAAAUCUGCAGUGCUCAGCUCAGAAAAGUCAAGACUACAGUUUGCCAAAUGUUUCCAUAACCUGCCCAGGACUUGAACCACAACAAACCCGACGGAAGACUGAUGAAGACGAAUCUUCCAAAACACUAAGAGGUAUUAAUAGUAGAUUUCAUUUAGAGUGCAACAUAUUCCUCUAAAGAAAUUUGUAUUGAUUUUUAUUUUUUAAUGGCAGGGAUUCCUGAAAUGCAAAAAAAUGUAUAUUUUCUCCCCCAUUUUCUACAGCAAUGAUGGUUUGCUGUAAUCCCACAUUAAACCCUUUUAAUUUAUUAUACUAAUUUGCCUGCAUUUUAGUAGAUUGUUAGAGAUUUUUUUUUUGUUUUAUGCUUUUUUUUUUGCCUUGAACUAUUGCACGUAAUCAACUUUUAUGACUUUUCAUGACAUAUUAAUUUGAGUGUUAAUAUAAUUAAAACAUUGGUUUUGCAAUUACUAGCUAAGUUGUGUAAUGCUUUUUUGUAACAUGUAGCCAGAGCAUUCCUCGAUAUGAAUCACUUAUUUGAUUGUAGGCAAUAACUACAGUAUAAAAAGAUCUAAACAAUGUUCUUUUGACUAGUAUUUUGUAGAAUUUAAUGUAGAUACUAAUAUAGUUUGACUAUUUUUGAUCUGUAAUCCAAAUGUGGGAUCUAGACUUGACAUGCAUUGCACAUUAAGGGUGAGAGGAGCAUCUGCAGAUUGAAGAUGGGACAAAGAAAUUAUGAAUGUUACAAGUAAUGAGAUAUGAGGUAAUUACAAGGCAACAGAGUCCUUAUGAGGCAGUAAAAUACAGUAUAAUACACUAUAUAGCCCUUUCACUGUAGAACUCUCCAAAGGCAACACAAGAAUCCUUUUAAACAUUUAUUCAUUUUGACUGCACUCAUAAAAUAAGAUGUAGUUUUCAAGCGCUAACCGUGGCUGGCGCAAAAAUUUCAAAUAUCUGACCCACCCACCCCCCUCCCCACUCCAUCACAGACAAAUCCUCUUCAAAUGUCAAAAUAAAAAGCACUUUGAAACAAAAGGUUGCUUUGGGCAGCA